AUGUUAUCGGAAAAUCACGAUUAUUUUCCAUUUUCAACAUCAUCGAAAGUUUAUUUUCGUCAAGCUUUAGGUAGUGAUGAUAUUAAGCAAGAUUCUGGUCCUACUUGUAAAUUUUAUAAUGGAGCCGGUUUCGGAAAAUGUGUUCAACUGAAUUGUCGCUUUCUUCAUUUAUGUUGUCGUUGUCGAGGCUUACGUGAAGGUUUUGAUACUGGUAUCUCCAACAUACCUAAUAAACCUUUAGAAUGGCCCAAUUUACGAUCAGCACGCCGUAAUCCUGAAAAUGUUACUCGUUUAGUGGCAGAAGAACUUAACAAAGGUUUCUUAAUCGGUCCGUACAACUCUCCACCCUUUAUUAAUUAUCGAAUAAAUCCUAUUGGUUUGGUUGAAUCGAAAUAUUCAAAAAAGAAACGUUUAAUUGUUGAUUUAUCUGCUCCUCAUAAUGAUAAAGACCAUCCAAGUAUUAAUUCUUUAAUCUAUAUAGAUUCCUAUUGUCUAUCAUAUGUUACUGUUGAUGAUGCUAUUAAAAGUAUUCAGCAAUUAGGAAAGGGUGCCUGA